CAAAAACAGUGAGGAACGUAGGGGCAAGCGGUAGUCUUUUGAUGCUAUGAUUUUGUAGAAGUCGGUUGUGGGAAUUUUGUUAAAUUGCGAACUGAGAGAAAGGGAGACAUUGAAACGUAACGUUUGCAAGGUUAUACAAUCGAAGAUAUCGAUUUUGUUCUUUUUAUUUUCAAGGUGACGGCGAAAUUUUGUAGCGAAGGAUUUGAAGACAUUCUGUUGAAAGACGCCUGCAUUCAAUAAAAAGGGCUCAAAUGUGAAAGAGACAUGGGUCUCAGUUGAGUUCUCUGGAUAAAUGAAGGUCUAGAUGACUCGUGACAUGUCCUGCUAUUGAGGGAGUCCAUGUUUCAGCUGUCAAAAGGUUACCAGGGUUACUUUAUUCCACUGCAACAUGGGAGGAUCUAGAAUUUGUGUCCAGCUGAUCACUGUAUAUCUGAUUGUGUUUGAAAAUGCGGAAACUGCUUCUCUCUGCCCAGCACAGUGUGUAUGUGAAACACGUCCAUGGUACACGCCUCAAUCUGUAUAUCAUCAGGCUAAGACGGUGGACUGCAAUGAGCUUCAUCUUAGUAGGGUCCCAUGGAAUAUUUCAGGGGACACUCAGGUGCUUCUCCUCCAGAGUAAUAACAUCUCCUCUGUGUCUGCGGAGUUCCAGAGGGUAAUCAACCUCACUGAGCUGGACCUCUCACAAAACCACUUCACUCAGAUCCAAGACAUUGGACUGCAUCAUCUUACUCAGCUUGUCACUCUCUACCUUGAAGAAAACCAGGUAAAAGAACUGCAAGAUUUCUGUCUAAAGGAUCUUGACAGUUUGGAAGAGCUUUACAUCAACCACAACCAAAUCUCUUCCAUUGGUCCUAAAGCCUUCUCCGGUCUGCGAAACCUCCUUAGGCUCCAUCUCAACUCCAACAAGCUGGUGGCCAUAGACAGCCACUGGUUUCAGUCAAUCCCUAACCUGGAGAUCCUCAUGAUUGGGGAGAACCCUAUCCUGGGGUUACAAGAUAUGACCUUCCACCCUUUAUCAAAGUUACAUAGCCUGGUGCUAGCUGGCAUGGGCCUCAGGGAGGUACCUUCAGGAACCUUCCAGGGAUUGGAGUACCUGGAGAGUCUGUCUUUCUUUGAUAACAAGCUAACAACAGUCCCAAAAGAUGCCCUCCGGGUCUUACCAAAUCUGAAGUUUUUAGACCUGAACAAGAAUCCUAUUGUCCGUGUGCAUGAGGGAGACUUUCAUGAUUUCCCUCAUCUUGAGGAGUUGAGUCUCAACAACAUGGAGGAACUGGUUGCCAUUGAUCGAGGGGCGUUCUCCAGCCUUCCAGAGAUGGCAAAACUGGAAAUGUAUAACAACCCCCAUUUAGCCUACAUUGAUCGUGCAGCUUUCAUUGAUAUGGGCGGCCUGCACACUUUAUUAGUCCACAACAACGAUAUCAGCCUCUUGUCACAUGAAGUUUUAUCCUCCUUCCCUAACCUGGAUGAAGUGAGCCUUCACAGUAACCCCCUCAGGUGUGACUGUCUCUCUAACUGGGGACUUGUCUUUGGGAACCUGUCUACCCUCAAGCUGCUGGAGUCCCAGAUCACUCUGUGUGCCUCCCCUCCCAAUCUAGUUGGCCAAGUCCUCCAAGAAGUGGUCACCACCAGCUGGAAUGUUGUCAGCAAUACCUGCCUCCCUCAUAUUUUCCUCCACACUUUCCCUCCUAUGCUCAAUGUGACUGCUGGACAACCCCUGACUCUAGACUGUUGGGCUGUUUCUGAUCCUGCACCACAGUUUUACUGGGUGACGCCAACAGGAGACAAGGUAACUUCUGAGGCUGUAUCGGCAGUCAUGGUGGACGGCAUGAGGAAACAUAGACUGCAAGAACAGGGGGCUCUUGAGAUCCUCCAUGUUGAACCAACUGAUUCAGGUCUGUAUACAUGUGUUGCGUGGAACAUAGAGGGGGCAGACACACGUAGUGUGUCAGUGUAUGUGGAAAAAGGAGACUGGAAUGGUGGCAAACAUAAUGGAGGGGGCCACAUAAUAAACAACACAGGUGCCCUGGUGGUCCUGCCUAAGAUCAUUCACUCCCAGUCAGUGGUUUUGGAGUGGAAACUCUACCCUCCCCAUCUCCAUGGCCAUGAGGCACCUCAGCCUAAAUGGGCCAGUGCAACCAUGAAGAUUGACAACUCACAGAUCAGCUACACAGCCAAGGUUCCAGUUGAUGUUCAAGAAUACAACCUGACUCACCUGUUGCCUUCAACAGAGUACAGAGUCUGUCUGACCAUGGCAGCCCCAGAACAGCAGACGCAACACUCCUGCAUCAAUGUAACUACUAAGGAGUCCAGUUUUGCUGUGGAGAUGGUGGCCCAACCCACCAAUGUGGCACUUGCAGCAUUUAUGGGUUCCAUGUUUGCUAUCUGUAUCAUGGCCUUGCUGGUCUUUUACAUGGGCAGGCGUAUGAAGAAGAAAUCAUGUCACCACUCCCUGAAGAAAUACAUGCAGCAAGCCACCUCCAUCCCCCUGAAUGAGUUAUACCCUCCCCUAAUCAACUUGUGGGAGAAUGAGACUGAGAAAGAGAAAGAGGGCCCUGUAGAUCCCCAGAGCUCUCAGAUAGACACCUCAAAGACAUACAUGUGGUAAAAAGAGUCAUAUGAUGAAGUGACAUUUAAAGACGUUUAUGUACUAUAUGUAAUCUUAGUUAAUGCUCGACCUUAAGAUUAAAAAAGUAUUUGUAAUUGCGAAAGAUUACAUCAUAUUAUUUAAAAAAAGAACAUAUUUUUAGACUGAAGAUCUUUCACUCAAGCACACUUAGUUGUCCUGAUAAAUAAUGAUACUAUUUUAUUGCAGUUAUGUUAUGUAAGGAAAUACGCAGAGUGGGGCAGGUUUCCAUGGCUAAACACCACGAUAGUACAUUGCAACAUCAAGCAUGAGUUCUUUAUGUAAAUCACUUUCUAGAUGAUGUUUCACAAAAUUUAUAUACAAAAAUCUUAACACUGUUGGCUAGAGCACUUAAAACAGAACCUGUUCACUGCUGCUUACUAAUACCAAAUCACUGCUUAGGGUUUCUUGCAUGUGUACCUGCAUGUUCUACCUGUGCUUUUGAAUAUUUUGUCUGGUACCUUUUAUCUCCUUUCACUUUGAAAUAUGCAGGUGUAUUAGCUGACAACAAUUUUUUUUCUUUUUUGGGUCAAAGGAUAACUAAUAAUAAAAUUGACUAGAGCUGAGCAGAUACAUAGAAAAUGAUUAAUUGGAUGAUCCGCUGGAAUUGUUCCUUUCGAUUUGUAGAAUUCUAAAUAUGAUGGCUGAAUUGAAAUAAGUUUGCUUAUGUAGAUGAUUUGUAAUGGGACAAUUGACAUUCAAAUGUAAGUAGUGGUUUUAAGGGUUAUAUGAAAAUAACUGCCUAGUGUGUACUUUAAUGUUAUAAUUUUAUAAAUGUGUUGUUCCUU